GUCCCGACGAAUCGCGGGUGAGGAUUUAGUCGUCCGAUAUUAAAUUUUGUAGUCAUACGAUCGUGUAGACCAGCGGCUCCGGACGUGGUUUCCUCGUUUCGUUCGAAUAAUAACAGCGUAAACGCAAUUUUAUUUAAUUUCGCGCGGGUAUUUAGUAUCGGGAUACACGCGUUUAUAUGUUUUUUGUUGACUAAAGAAUUAAGUAUUGUUUGUUAAAGUACUAACAGGAACCAAAAUGCCUUCGGAAGAAUCCCACGUGUUCCACCCUCAUCCGUCGGUGACGAAGAACGCCUACGUUAACUCCAUGGCCCAGUAUCAACAAAUGUACAAGAAAUCAUUGGAGAAUCCAGACGAAUUUUGGGGCGAGAUCGCCAAGCAGUUUCACUGGGAAACACCGAUCGAUAACCGUAACUUUUUUCGGUUUAAUUUUGACCUAACCAAGGGGCCCAUUUUUACUAAAUGGAUGGACGGUGCCACCACCAAUGUCUCUUAUAAUUUGUUGGAUAGGAAUGUGAGAAAUGGAAAUGGAGACAAGGUAGCUUAUUAUUGGGAGGGUAACCAUCCAGACGACUACAGCAGACUCACCUAUAAAAAGCUCCUAGAAGAAGUAUGCCAGUUCGCCAACGUUUUAAAAGCCCGAGGGGUGAAAAAGGGUGACAGGGUCGCAGUUUACAUGCCCAUGAUUUUGGAGGCGGUCAUUACACUGCUCGCUUGUGCUAGGAUAGGAGCGGUACAUUCCUUGGUGUUUGCAGGCUUUUCAUCCGAUUCCUUCGCAGAACGAAUCUAUGAUUGUGAAGCUAGAGUUAUCGUAACUGCAGAUGGGGUGUGGAGGGGUGAGAAGUUGCUGCAACUGAAAACCAUAUGCGACCAAGCGAUGGCCAAGUGCUCUAAAGAUGGUCAUAAUGUCGAAACUUGUAUAGUCGUUUCGCAUUUGGAAAGGGUUACUGCACCGAAGAGUGGAGUACCGCAUAAGCAAACGAAUAAGACUCCGAUGAUCCCAGGAAGAGACGUUUGGUGGCAAGAAGUCGUACCUCAAGCCUCAACCAGCUGUUAUCCAGAAUGGAUGCAAGCUGAGGAUCCUUUAUUUAUGCUUUACACAAGCGGUUCUACAGGUAAACCUAAAGGCGUCGUACACACGACAGGUGGUUACAUGAUUUAUGCUGCAACUACUUUUAAAUACGUCUUUGAUUAUAAACCAAAUGAUGUGUACUGGUGUACUGCCGAUAUUGGUUGGAUUACUGGACAUUCUUAUGUUGUUUAUGGGCCACUGGCUAAUGGUGCUACCUCAGUUUUGUUUGAAGGAACACCAUUCUAUCCCGAAAACGACCGAUUUUGGACGGUAGUAGACAAAUACAAGGUGACCCAGUUCUACACUGCACCCACAGCUAUUAGAACCUUAAUGAAAUUUGACGAUCAUUUAGUUACCAAGCAUGAUCUAUCUUCCUUAAGAGUAUUAGCGUCGGUAGGAGAACCAAUUAACCCAGAGGCAUGGCUUUGGUACUACAAACUGGUGGGUCACCAAAGGUGUUCCAUAGCAGACACCUUUUGGCAAACUGAAACUGGUGGACAUGUGCUCACCACCCUCCCUGGUGUCCACCCAAUGAAACCUGGAGCAGCGGGGUUUCCUUUCUUUGGAGUAGAACCUGUACUAUUAGAUGAAAACGGCAAAGUAAUCAAAGGGGAAGGUGAAGGAUAUUUAGUGUUUGCCAGACCUUGGCCGGGCCUAAUGAGGACGCUAUACGGAAAUCACGAUCGAUAUGAACUGACCUACUUUUCGAAAUUCCCUGGAUAUUAUUGUACCGGAGAUGGAGCAAAACGAGACGCUGAUGGUUAUCUUUGGGUCACCGGCCGUGUGGACGAUAUGCUUAACGUUUCUGGCCAUCUAAUGUCAACCGCCGAAGUAGAAUCAGUUUUAACAGAGCACCAUGGUGUAGCUGAGGCCGCUGUAGUAGCGAAACCCCACCCAGUCAAGGGAGAAUGCCUGUACUGCUUUAUUACAUUGACAGAAACAGGUAAAUUCGACGAUAAACUACUUCAAGAACUGAAGACCCACAUCAGGGGUCGAAUAGGUCCGUUUGCGCAGCCGGAAGUGAUACAAAACGCGCCUGCCCUACCGAAAACUCGAAGUGGUAAAAUAAUGAGGCGGAUAUUAAGAAAAAUUGCUGUGAAUGACAGGGAUGUCGGUGAUAUUAGUACGCUAGCAGACAGUAGCGUUGUGGAACAGCUGUUUGCUAGCAGACCUGCCAAUGCUUAAAGAUUAGAUGAAGUUAGGUUUAGUUAGUUAGCAAUUAUUGAUAAUAGGUGUAUUUUUUUUAUUCGAAUUUUUUUAUACGUACAUUUGUUAAUUCAGGCUUGAAUUGGCAAAAUUGAGUGGCUUUUUAAAGGAUCCCUGAGAGCACUUUGCAUAAUGUGAAACUUUUGAGAUAGGAAUGUUUGGUAUUGAUAUUCUCUGACUAGACGAGAAUCCCAGUUUGUUAAGUUCUACGAAAACACUUGACAAAUGGAAUAUGGAAUAAAUUAUGCUACUGAGAUGUUACCAUUUGAUUAUUUUUUAAUAAGCUGUCAACCUAUACAUUAUGACGCAAUUUUUUAUGUAAUAAAUCGUCGCACAAGACUGCUGAUAUAUUCGCAUUUUAGCCUUAAUACCAUCAACAUAUCAUUCUAGAUUUGGGUCACUUUGCAUUUAAAAAAUAAUAAUUUGUUCUCAAAACUUUAUCGCGAUUAUGAUGUUUUUAGUUAUACGUUGUUUAUUUUUAGAGCAUGUAACUUAUUUAAGUGUACCAGAUACCAGAUCUAUAUGGCUGUAUUGUAAUGGAUAAAAAACGCUUAAAAUAUAUGACUAUUGUUGUUAAAAAUAUAAAGUAUUACGAACAAUA